UUCCAACGCCACCGAACCAACGGUUUCAUCGGGUCUCACCGGUCUUCCGUGCGGAUCUUCGUCAUGGCCAAGCCCGAAGAGGCAGUGGAAGCUGCAUUGAAGACAGCGGUGAAGGAGAGCACGGCGCUGAAGCGCUUGGCUUUGACGCCGGGCUUUGAGAUCGAGGCCGCUGCCCGUGAGGCUGAGGCCAGCCAUGCCAAGGCUCAACGAGCCUUGGCAGAGGCGACACAAAUGCUGCAGGUGAUGGCGCAGAGUGUGGUGAAGAAUGAUCUCCCUGCGCAGCAGCUGCACCGGGUGAAAGAGCAGAAGCUCCGCGAGAACUUGCAGAAGCUCUCGAAAGACCUGAGCGAUGCUUGGAGUCAAUGGCUCAAGUCCAAGGAAGCGAAGCGCAGUGCCGCGGCCGCUGCCUCCUCCGACCUUGCGGAGAAUGCUGCAGCUUCGCACCCGGAGGAGGCUCAGACGCAGACGCAGAGGCAGAUUGAGGAGGUUUCUGCCGGCGAGGUUGAUUUGCAUGCUGCCAUGGUCGACGAGUAUGUACAGGACGUCGCCGCCGUGUCGCAGAACAUGAAGGACAUGCAGCGCGCCUUGCUGGACCUGGCGCUCAUGACGCAGGCGCAGGGGGAGGUGCUCGACAACAUUGAAAGGGGCAUGGAGCAAGCGAGUGCGAGCACAGAUGGCGCAGCACGAGAGCUACGUGUCACGCAGCGCAACCAGAUGAGCGUGCGUCGAAUUCUUUGCAUGGUCAUUGUGGCCAUGCUGCUGGCGGUCGCAACCUGUGCAGCAGCCAUUCAUCGGGCAGGUUGAAGCGAUCGUUGAGCAGCGCUGAAAGGACGCACGUGUGCUGAAGUGGGUUUGUGUGGGUUUGUCAGUUGUGUUCCUGCGGGUUGUGGAUUUGAUCCAUUCAAAUUCAACAGUUUCUUCCGUAUACAAAUGCGGGCAUGGGCAUCGUCUUGAUGUCAGUUGCGUUAACAUGGUUUCUGAAUGAUAAACCAGUGGCAAGUCUCUCUUCCAGGGUGUCUCAUCACGUCUCUUCCAUGGUGUAUAGCUUUUACUUGGACCAACAUGAACAUGAGUGACCCUGCUGAAAAGCACUGAAAGCCGGAUGGCAUAUGUCCUUGAAUUGGAGAUGAGGUUUCUCCAAGUCAUUCCAAGUCAGUACGUGUUGGGCGGGAUGAUUCCAGGUCUUCUUGGACGAAUUCCGAGGUUCGUCGCCCAGAUGAAGGUCCUGGUCAACCGUCCGUUUUGAUGUGCUCCUUCGCAUCUUCGCAGUGCUUGGAGCAUGGGAUCUUAGGACAUUUGUCUUGGAACCUGAUCAGCCAAGAGAGGUUCAAUGACCUUAGAAGACUCGUCACCUGGAGUACCCAACUGGGACUAGUCUAUAGGUCCUUCAACCUCUGGAGAUGCUCUAUUCAUCAAUUCUGAGUCAAUCCUCAGGUAUCUAUUGAUCAACGCCACGUCGUGCUUGGUCUGGUUUCGUGCGGGCAGCGUCCUUCGCUUCCCUCAUGCCCCUGGUUUCGCUUCUAACAUGGAUGAUUUGGAUUCCCAUUAGUAUCCAUGGUCACGUUUGAAGGCUUGUUGAAUCCAAGACCUUGCUACUUGGAUCAGUUGGGACAUGUCAAAAAUAUUCAAAAAUAAGAUCAACCAACCACAUCCGACACAUGCAUUUACAUCUUGAACCGAUGCACAUCCGACAAAUCGACUGGGACUCCCUUCCUUCGGCAGCCUUUUUGCCAUGUCGCCCAAACGGAAGACCUUCGUUUGGCCACCCAAACACGCCGAUCUGCAUUUUGCCCGAUCUGCAGGCAGCAGGCAAGGGGCCGACUGAGAAGAUCCGUAGUGACGGAAUUUUGCUGCGCAUGUCGUUUUUUGGGCUCGUUGACGCGAGUUUGUGCGGCGUCCCUUGGAAUGGUCAUGACAACGACUAGGUCGCUUGGAGAAACUCGAGCCCCGGCGGUUUGGUGUUAAGACCGGAC